AAUAAAUUGCGGAAUUGAGGAGGGAAUGCGCGCGUUUUGAAAACGAUUACGCUUUUGAGAUACCCCUCGCAUUCCCGUCACCGUUCACUUAAUAACUCCUUGUCGCGCCUGUCAUUAUCUCACAGCGACCGCUCUGAAUUUCCAUGACAUAAAAUUUACACGUCAGUUCUUUUCCUGUCUGCUCACGCUCCGGCGGAGUGCGUUUUUCAUCCUCGAAGCCUGCACCGGGCGUUUCAUCCGCGCACAGUCCGCGAGUGAUUGAUCGAACUGAUAACGCUUGGUUCUUACAGAGCGGACCUACGUUUAGUCGCACUACCUCGUGACAAGACGUGUACCGCGUAAGGAGAAGAAAACGGCAUGUAGAUCGUACGUAGGUACGUAACGAGUUGAUGGAAAUUUUGAGUGACUGUGGAAAACGGAUCAUCGCGGGAUUAAAUGGGGCGAAAGGCGUACGCGGUCUCGAGCGGCGUGACAAAUCGCGCUUUUAUCAUAGACGAGCCGAUAAAUCCGAACGGCAUCGAAGUUAAUGGGCCCACUCAUGAAACUAGCGCGCGGAAGCCAGUGGAGCGCCAGCAAUGGGGAAACGACAGAGAAUUUCUACUAUCCUGCAUCGCCAUGUCGGUCGGUCUCGGUAAUAUAUGGCGAUUCCCGUUCACGGCGUAUGAGAACGGCGGCGGUGCCUUCCUGAUACCGUACAUCAUCGUCCUGAUCGUCGUGGGGAAGCCGUUCUAUCUGCUGGAGAUGAUCCUAGGGCAAUUCUCUAGCCGGUCAGCCGUGAAGAUCUGGGACCUUGCACCGGCAUUCAGAGGCGUUGGUAUCGCACAAUGUAUAACGCUGCUGGCACUGGCAUCCUAUUACUGCUCGCUGAUGGCGUUGACCUUGUUCUACCUCGUCGCCAGCUUCCAGACGGAAUUACCAUGGGGAAGAUGCUGGGAGGAAUGGGGCGAGUUCUGUGUGGACUCUUUACCCGGCAACCACAGCGUUAGAAUCGAGAACAUUAGCUACUCCAGCUCUGCUGAGCUGUAUUUCUACAAAGAGGUACUGCGAGAGAAGGACAACAUCGACGACGGCAUCGGUGUACCGGACUGGCGUCUGUCGAUCACGCUCUUCAUCAGCUGGCUGACAGUUUUCCUCGUGGUGAUACGCGGUGUGCGGAGUUCCGGCAAGGCAGCGUACUUUCUGGCGAUAUUUCCCUACGUGGUCCUCUUCGUGCUGCUUGUAAGGGCGGUCACGCUGGAUGGAUCCGUCACAGGUAUCCUGUACUUCAUCACCCCAACGUGGGAGAAGUUGAUGACGCCGAUGAUCUGGUACUACGCAGUCGCCCAAUGCUUCUUCUCGUUGACCGUUUGUUUCGGCGCCGUCGUCAUGUUCGCCUCGCACAACAAGUUCCACCAUGACGUGUAUCGAGACGCAAUGAUCGUGACUACUCUGGACACCUUUACCAGUCUGCUGGCCGGUUGCACGAUCUUCGCCAUUCUGGGCAAUCUCAGCCGCGAAUUAGGGAUCGAGGAUGUCGGCGCAGUGGUUCGAGGUGGCACCGGAUUAGCGUUCAUUUCCUACCCAGAGACGAUCGCCAAGUUUGCGAUCGCACCGCAGUUUUUCGGCGUCGUGUUCUUCGCGAUGUUAUUCGUCCUGGGUAUCGGUAGCGAAGUCGGCCUCACCUCCGCCAUAAUUUCCAUCGUGCACGAUCAGUUCCCGAAGGUCAAGUACUGGCACGUAGCAGUCGGUACUUGCUUCUGCGAGUUCUUGAUCGGUCUCAUAUAUGUCACGCCGGGCGGUCAGUUCAUGAUAACCUUCGUCGAUUAUUACGUGACCUCAUUUAUCGCUUUUCUACCGGCUGCUUUCGAAAUGAUCGCCGUCGCUUGGUCGUACGGACUGGGUAACUUCCUGAACGACGUCGAAUUUAUGCUGAAGAAACGACUGUCGGUGUUUUGGCGAGUCUGCUGGGGCGUUCUUACUCCUGGAAUUAUCCUUGUAAUCUUCAUUUAUACAUUCGCCAAUCUUGAACUGUUGAAAUACAACAAGAAUUUCUAUCCUUAUUCGGUUUACGUUGUAGGUUGGAUCCUCUUCUCUGUCGCUGUUCUGCAAAUACCUUUAUGGAUUGCCAUUGCGAUAUUCAAGAAGAAACAUCUUCCUUUCCAAAAAAUGAUCAGAGAAGCCUUCCGGCCGUCGAAAUCAUGGGGUCCGAACAACGCAGAAGAUCGUAGAAGAUGGCUGGCCUUCCGAGAUCAGUGUAACACAGAAAAGAAAUAAUAUCGGGAAUGUAAAUUGUGGCAGUUCACUUCAAGGUCUGUUCCGGGUUUUUUCGAUGAUUCAACGAUGAGGUCUACAACAAAGUAGACUUCGUAGUAGAACCGCAUGCUCACAUUUACUGUUUUGCAAUCAACAAAACUUAGUGUUACAAUUAUUUAGUGGCAUAUAUGUCAUUACGAUGUCACGGAACUACGUAAUGAUGAUAAUAAGUUUUCGUCCUCUGUGUUUCGUGCAAAACGCAACUCACUCGUCUUUGCUACGUAACUGUACAACGUUUCUAAGCUCUGUAGAAAAUGGAAACGUGUGAAUCUAACGAUGUCGCCGUGACCUGGCGAGUAUAGCGUACCGUAAUUACCAGUGUAACGUUAAAGCACUGAGCAACAUUGUUCUUUAAAAGAAACAUUUUAAGAAGAAAGAUUAAAGUAUAUUGUGGAAUAUA